CGCACCAACGCCACAGACAGACCAACACCGCAGCACGCACCACGCGCCCCCCCCCCCCACCCUGUGAUCCCUCGCCGUGGUCUCGCCGCCGCGCCGACCCCUCCACCGGCAUUCGAUUCGGAGCGCAGCUCGUCCGCCGGCGCGGAGCCAUGGGCACGGUUGUGGAUGCUCCCGCAGUUGUGACUGAGAAGGAGGUGGUUGCUGAGAACAUGUUGGGUGACAAGAAAGUCACAGUAGUAUUUGUUCUUGGCGGUCCUGGAAGUGGAAAGGGCACACAGUGUUCCAACAUUGUUGAACACUUUGGAUUCACCCAUCUUAGUGCUGGAGAUCUUUUGCGCGCGGAGAUUAAAUCUGGCUCUGAGAAUGGAACUAUGAUUGAGAACAUGAUAAAGGAGGGAAAGAUUGUUCCGUCGGAGGUGACUAUAAAGCUCUUGCAGCAAGCCAUGAUAAAGAAUGAGAAUGAUAAGUUCCUCAUCGACGGGUUUCCAAGGAAUGAAGAGAAUCGUGCUGCGUUCGAGAAUGUUACAAAAAUUUCGCCUGCAUUUGUGCUAUUCUUCAAUUGUUCCGAGGAAGAGAUGGAAAGGCGUCUUUUGGGACGCAAUGAGGUUUCAUUCUUCACAUAUGUGCUCAUGUUCGGCCUAUGUAUCCUUAUCAAAACCACCCUUUUCCUGUUUCCAACAAUUUGUAUUAUUUUGCAGGGUAGAGUUGAUGACAACAUCGAGACUAUCAGGAAGAGAUUCAAAGUUUUUGUUGAAUCCAGUUUGCCUGUGAUUGAGUACUAUGACGCGAAGGACAAGGUUAAGAAGAUCGAUGCUGCAAAACCAAUUCCUGAGGUGUUUGAAGAUGUCAAAGCCAUUUUUGCCCCAUAUGCCAAGGCUACAUAGAACAGUAUAAAGGACCACAAAGGUGAUAAAUGGAAUGAUUUCAUACAAGGUUUUGCUCAAGUGUGACUACAUAUCUGUGAUUACAAACCCUUAAUAUAGAUCAGACUUAUCAGUAGACAAUUUGAUUUGUUGCCAGCAAUAAGUUAGAUCUGGUUUGUGGUGUUCCUGCUAGAAGUUUUUAUUUACCACCCAUUGUUGGUGUAUCCCAUGUAGUAUACCUGUACCAUUGUGUAAUUUACGGUAAGGACGGAUCAGACCUUGUGCCCAUGAGCUAUCCGGUUGUAUUACAGAAAAUUGAACUUAUCACAUGUUCACUCAUAUUUACAUUCUUUAUACACUGUUGGUUCUUCUGUUGAA